CUUCUCUAUUAUACCAUGAACGCAUAAGGAUUCCUUGUCUUCUUGGCGAAGGAGGUGUUAGUCGUGCUUCUCUUGGCCCUGCUUAUGCGAAUACCACGUAGUAAACACUCAAGGGCGCUGAUUUCCAUAUCCCAAAAUAGUAUUAGGCCAACGUGAUCUAUCAUCUGCUGUUCGUCCAACUGGGUGUAUGCCGACUCCAUCCCCUAGUUUGUACUAAACAUAGGUUUCCUAAUAAUUAUACUGUCUGUUUAUCUGCUGAAGGGGAACGCUUAUCGUUGCUUCAUCUAUGUCUUCAGAGAUCUUGAGGACUUUUGGGGCUUUGACCAUAGGUGAAGGUUAUUGAGGUCAGGGCAAAAAAACCAGUCAUGUUUUUAUCAUGCCCUGUUAGUAACCGAAAACAGAGUAUAAUUGAUUUUCUUGAAGUUGCUGCUUUGUUGAUUUUAACCAUUGAAGAGGUUCAUAAAAUUAUUUGGGUUCAAGCUUUUGUUUAGAUGAAGAAAAAGGUUCUUCUGUACAUGGAUUGGCCUAUUUAUUGUUUUGGAUGUGGCUGCUUGGGAGAGAUCAUUUGACUUGUUUUGGACUUGCCCAUGUAAUAAUAGUCCUGCUGCUUCCUUUUGCUACUAGUCAUAUGGUGGAAAUGAUGUUGGAUGGGAGAUCCUUUGUCAAUUUUCUAUUUUGGGAGUUAAUCUCAGCUGUUGAAGUGAUAUAUUAUGAUAUUUAUUGUCCUCUUUAGUAGGCUUUGAAGAAGCCCUAAAUCCAACUUUUAGGUUUCGGCAAUGUAACAAAGCCACAGUGUGAAUCAAGGGAGUUGCAUUCAGGCCUUCAAGGCUGAUAAACAUGAUUUGCCUCCAGGCAACAUGGUCUUUGGUUGCUUAGAAUCCUGCUAUGGUUAUUAGGAAGUGAUCUGGUUCUUUGUUUUUUUUUCCAAACAGCAAGGACAAUGAGAGGUCUGAAUCAAUGAUUCGCUUUUGUUCUUGCACUGGGGGUCAAGCCUCUUCUCUUGAGCUAAAACGGAGAACUGGAGCAGCAUCCUGCAAAUUUUGUGGUGGCAAAAAAUUAGUUGAUGGAAGGAAGUCAGAAUCUGGUAGCAUGCUAAGCACAGCAAGCCUGGAGCUUACAAGUGUGAUCGAUCCUGACUUGUCUUGGAAGACUGUUUCAAAAGGUAACAGGAGUGCAUCUAGGCGAGCUAGGAAACCUAUUCCUAGAAGCUUGAAGGGAAGCACAGAAUUGAUUGAUAAGGACACAAGGGUUGAGGACAUGCCAAUUUCUGAAUCGGAGAAGCUUGGAGUAACCAUUCUUGGGCACCGCUUCAGUGACAAAGUGGAGCAUGUACCGAUUAAGAAGAGGAGAUUUUUGUUCCGAUCUCCAUCACCACCCCCCCGGCCACCUUCUCCAUGCACUGAUGAAUCUGAGCAACUUGUAAAGAGUGAAAAUGCUCCAGGACAGGAGUCAUCUUGUAGUUCAGAUGUUGGGAAGCAGGUUAUGGAAUUUGGCACAACUAAUUUGGAUCAAGUUGUUGAUGGUGAAGUUAUUGUUAAUGGGAAGACCCCAGAAGAAAUUAAUGAAAAGCUUGGUGACAGUGAAGAUUUCUCUGGUAUUUCAAUACUGGCGGCUGCUGCCUGUAAUAAUAGUACAAGAGGUUGCUCUAGUAAUGCUGAAGAGGAUUCAUCGAUGCUUGAAGAAUCUUCUGCAUGGGAAAGGCCUUCUCAAGUGGUGCUGAAUUCUGCAUUGUUCUUGCCAAAAGAAUCACACCAGGACCAUUCCAUCAACUGCAGUGAAAUUUCAAAUAAAGGAACUGCCUCACAAGAAAUUACAGCCUCAUUGCAGACAGCCAAUUCGUAUUCUAAGGAGAGCACAUGUGGACUGAAAAUGGGGGACUCUUCUACAUCUAAUUCUUCACCUGUUUCUCCGGGCUUUCCAAGCAACAAUAUUGAUGGAGCACAGAGAAAGGUUGGGUCUUCUUCACGUGAUGAUAGGUCACAUUGGGACUUGAAUACUGUGAUGGAUGCAUGGGAGAAACCUUCUGAUGACCCCAUUGUGGGUUCUGAGGAAAAUGUUGUUGGUAGUGUCUUCAAGGAUGUUAGAGACUGUGAAAAGCUGGAACACUUGGAAAGUUGUGAUGUGCAGAGGGAGCCUGGAAGUACCAAAAAUGACAUUGGAAAGAUGGUUCAACCUAUGGAUGUGGUUGAUGGUGUUGCAGGUGACAACAUCUAUAGCUUGGGAGACUCUAAAAACAUGCCCACUGGGCCUGAUGAAACAACUACUGAGGAUCUUAAGCAGGAUGGAUGUUUUAAAGGGACAUGCCCUGAGGAAAUGGUCAUGCAUUCUGAGAUGCAUAAUACUCAACAAGAGAGCUUGGUGGACCUGGGUGAAGAAACAAAACCCUUACCUGAUCAAGAAAGUAUUAGCUUCAUUUCUGAAUCUGUUGCCGCUCCGGCUGAUAAAGUUCUGGAAUUUUCUUCUCCAAAUGCAUGUACUGUUGCAGAUGAAAAUACCCUACUCCAGAGUGUAGGCUUUUCUCAUACAGGGAGUAGUGAAGGCCUUUUGUCUCAUCAGGUCUGUAGAAUGGAUGGUUGCAUCAAUACUUCUGUCUGUCCUGAAGCUAAUACACCUGCACUAAUUCCUGAGAAUGUAAAAGAUACCACAUCCAGGGCAUCUUCUGCUGAGCAGACAGGAGAUGAAUUGGAUGCUGAUGUGCAAAAACGUGAAUCCCUUUACUUGAGGACCUCUCAGCUUGAGAAGCAUGCUGUUUUUCUCUCUGAUGCAGUGACCACGGAGAAGGCUACCUGUGAGAUUGAUGAUAGUCCAACUGAAGAUUGUGCGGGUGCUGUCAAAAGUCAUGAUUCACAUGAUGAUGGAAAUGCCUCAAAGGAGAUGAAAACAGAUGCUAAGCAACUUGAUGACAAUUCAUGUAAAGUGGACACCUCCUUAUCUUCAUAUAAUGGUGAGGAGUUGUGUAGUUGUUGUCCACCUGAUGGAAAAAGUAAACCGGAAGUUUCUGCUGAUACAAAGGUUCAGGAUGGGGAUACUAAAAAAGUUAAUUCUCCUGACAAUUUUGAGUCUGAAAAGCUUACACCCAAGUUGUCAGGACAGUCUACUCUGUUGGAGGACACAUCAGAUGUUUUAACUUCUCGUGAAUACUGCAAAAGCUAUGCUGAUGAUCCUGUAAAUAGUUCUGGUAAGAUUUCUUUAGAAGAAGACCAUUUUGAUGACGUCGAUUAUGAUUCAGAUGUAUCUCAUGAUGAUCCUGAUCACAUAGUUGGGACGGGAAAUGAGAUCGAGCCUCAGGCAGGUUAUGAUUCUCAGUAUGAGGAUGGGGAAGUCAGGGAGUCUGUUUUACAUGCAUGGGAUGAAGAUGCUGGUGAAGAAGGGGAAACUGAGCAUGUUGAUUAUGGAUCAGAUAGAGAUGCAUAUGGCUUUGACUCAGGGGCUGAUUAUCCUGUCUCCAUGUCUGUAGAAGCUGAACAGAGUGCAGGAUGCCAAAAAAAUGUAUCCACUGCUGAUGAUUCUGUUGAUUGUAGUGGAGAACAAGUAAAGGAGAAGAUUAUGCAAGAACCCAAUAGUUUUCCUGGCAUGAGAGGUUCAUCAAAGACAAAUAUUCUGGAAGCAGGAACUGGUAAGAAGAGUGCAGUGAUUGUGAGAAAACACUUGCGAGGACAAGCCGAACAAGAUGAUAUUUGUAAGUUCGAGAUGGAUGGUGAAGUUGAUGAAGACUUGUGUGCCGGUGCUGACAAGGUUAUGGCAGAUAAUGAUCGUUGUUCCAGAAAAGAUAUUGUGAAGGAAUCAAUGCAAUCAUUUAGUUCAAGGUUGAAAUUGUCUGGAUGGGAUCAGUUACCUGAAGAUCAUGAAGGCUCUGCAAAUAUGAUUAUGGAAAACCGAGAUGGCUGCUCUAAAUUGAUUUCUACCAGUUCUCGUGUUAAUGGACUUGAUGCUGGAGAAUCCAGGAGAGAGUUUCCAUCACGUAUUGAGGGGCUUACAUCCUCUGAUCGGUUGCCUAGAAAGGACAGAAUAUGUAUACAGGAAAGCAGAUCCAACAACCCUGAUCAUUCAAAUCCCAGAGUUGAAAGGGACCCAAGUCCUGCUAAAUUGACUGUAAGGGGUGGAUCUUUGUUUCAUGUACAUGGAAGAGGGCGAGGCGGUGAUCGCUGGGUUGAUUCUUCCACUCAUUGGGCCCAAGAUCGCCAUCGUUCUCCCAGCUUUGCACACUCUGGGCCAAAGAAUGCUGCUGCAGCAGCUGCUGCAAAGGUGGAGAGCAGUGGCUUUGUUGUUGCUCCAGAUGGUACAGUUGUGAAAGCUGGUGGAUUGGGACCCAAUGUUCGGGUGCGCAGACAAUCUGUUAUUGCUUCUUCACAAGGUGUGCAUCGAUCUUUUAUAAGAAGAGGAUCACCAUCUGACAGGGAAGAUGCUUUUGGUAUGCAUAUGCGACUUGGUCCAGUAGGAGACAUGAGCCCUGCUAGGAACAUUAGUGUUGGAAGGGGCAGGUCUGGAAGAUAUGGUCCAAGAUUGGUGGGUACAGGUCCAAGGGAGAAAUAUCAUAGGUCUGGGCCUGAUGAUUCUUCUUUGCGUAUGGAACCUUCUAUAGUUCGAAGGGAACGAAGUUUUUCUCCUGUUCAAAGAAGAGAAAGCAAUCAUCUCUCCCGGUCCCACACAAAAUCUCCAUCAAGAUCUAGGACUCGCUCUCCUCAUGUUUGGUCAUCAUCUCCCAGGGGAAGAAAUAGUGGUGGGGUUGGCAGUGGACCGGGUUUAAGAGAACGCAGUAGAUCCCCAAAUUUCAGGUCUGAUGCUAGAAUGGAGAGAGGGAGGUCCCCUCACCGGCGGCCUGGGUUCUCAACACAACAUGAAAUUAGUUUUAUCACAACAUCUAGAAGUCGUGGGUCUCCACCAAACUCCUCGAGAUGGAUUGAUGAUAGGAAAGACACAGUGGAUCAUUUUAGGGACCAUGGCUACAAGCAGCGGGCCCCAAUAUCAGAAAGAAGAUCUCCUGGAAGGAUUUUCACACGGAGUCAUAGGUUUGAUUCAGUGGGAUCUACAGGAAGGUUGAAACCAGAUGAGUACUAUAGACCAAUGCAUCCAGGAAGGUUUCCUGAAAUGGUUGGAGCUGGCAGAGGACCUAGGUAUGAGGAAACUGAAGACGAUAGAAGGAAAAACAUGGAUAGAUAUGGGAUGUUGCAUCCUGUAAGACGUUAUGAUACGGAGGGCUCUGUGAAGCGGUUUCAUUAUGAUGCAGAAGAUGGUUUUGCUGGGCAUAAUCUGCACAGUAAGGAUGCAACUGAGUUCCAUGGUAAAGGUAGUCCUAAGCACUAUGGCAGGAGUAUUGAUGCCAGGCUUGGGGAUGCACCUAGGAGAUCUCGUGAAGAAAAAAGUCAUUUCAGAUAUGAUCGAGACUGGAAGCAUGGUGCAAAUGCCAAGUCAUUUCGAAUACGGGAGUUUGACGGGGAUGUAGCACCUAGAAGACGAAUACCUUCUUGAUUUUUUUGUAUACAGCGCCUUUUUCCUUUGGGUGCUUUUGCAGGUCGACAUAGAGAUGUUGAACCUGGUGAAACGUUUUUUUCCUGUCAGCAGGAAGGCAUCUCAAUCCUGCAGUUUUUGAUGUUGCAGUGCUUAUGGAGCUACAUUGACUAUUAUGAUUUCUUUUGAAGAAUUUUGUCAGGGGCUCAUGAUAGCCCAUACUUUAUUUCUUAGUUUUUAUAUAUAUAUAUAUUUUUUUUCUUGUGGCCUAAUUUAGUGAUGUAACCUCUCUGUACGAGGCCUUAGAAAUAUUAUCAAUCAGUGAAAAAUUCAAUUUAUGCUUUGUCA